CGAGGGUAGCGGCAAUACGAUCACAGUGCCCCAGGAAGCUUCUGUAGGAAGCUCGAGGCCUCAGCAGGAGAGCAUCCUGGGUCAUCGCGCCGACAACAGCUUCUUCGUCGGCGGCGAGGCAGAGCUGGCUGCACGAGCGACAGCGCUGCACGGGGGCACCGAGGGCAAUGGACAUCGAUCUCUUGCACCCGGACGCCAAGGAGGAGAAGACGAAGCACAAGCUGAAGCGCAUGAUCCAGACGCCCAACAGCUUCUUCAUGGACGUCAAGUGCCCAGGCUGCCUUCAGAUCACUACCGUCUACAGCCACGCGCAGACGGUCGUCUUGUGCGGCAACUGCAACGUGAUGCUGUGCCAGCCGACGGGCGGCCUCACCCGCCUCACCGAAGGCUGCUCCUUCCGGAAGAAGGCCGACUGAGCAGCGGGCGCCGUGCGCGACCCGGGGGGCUUCCCGCUCCUCCGCGCGCUCUCGGCGCCUCGGCGCGCCUCGGCGCGCCGUAGUGCCCGCGGGCGGCAUCUCGGCACACGUCGGGGCACAAAGGAGGACAUAGCCAGACCAACUCCGAUGGGUGGCCACGUGCGAGCCC